CAGCUGCAGGCCGGGGAAGAACCCGGAUGUGCCUGGGCCGUCGUGUUGGCAGUCGGGGCUCUGAAGUCUAGGUGCUCAAGGUGUGCAGGCGGCCCAGGCGGAUGGCGCAGGGUUGGGCCGGCUUCUCUGAGGAGGAGCUGAGGCGAUUAAAGCAGACUAAAGAUCCAUUUGAACCACAGCGGCGCCUCCCUGUGAAGAAAAGUCGACAACAACUUCAGCGAGAAAAAGCCCUUCAAGAACAAAGCCAAAAACUUGGACUUCAAGAUAGAUCAACCUCAUUACCUCCAGAGCAGCUGCUUUCUGCACCAAAACAAAGACUCAAUACUCAAAGACCACAUUCUUCUCCCCCUGCUGCUCCUACAGUCACCCCUCCUCUUGGUGAUAGAAAACCACAGGGUAAUGAAAGUCAACCAAGGGAAUUAGGACUGGAGAAUUGCCAUGAAGGUCACAAAAAUGCUGAGGUUCUACCUCCAAAACCAGAUUGCAAAUUGGAAAAAAAGAAAGUGGAAUUGCAAGAAAAAUCUCAUUGGGAAGUUCUCCAGCAAGAACAGCGGCUAAUGGAAGAGAAAAAUAAACGUAAGAAAGCUCUUUUGGCUAAAGCUAUUGCAGAAAGAUCUAAAAGAACUCAGGCCGAGACCAUUAAACUAAAGAGGAUUCAGAAGGAGUUACAGGCUUUGGAUGACAUGGUGUCGGCUGACAUUGGAAUCCUCAGAAACAGGAUUGAUCAGGCUAGCCUUGACUAUUCUUAUGCUCGUCUUUGUACCUGUCCCUGCAGGAAGCGGUUUGACAGGGCUGAAGCAGAGUAUGUGACAGCAAAGCUAGAUCUACAGCGUAAGACAGAGCUUAAAGAACAACUCACUGAACACCUUUGUACGAUCAUACAGCAAAACGAGCUCCGAAAAGCCAAAAAGCUGGAGGAGUUGAUGCAUCAACUGGAUGUGCAAGCUGAUGAGGAGACUUUGGAGCUUGAGGUGAAGGUAGAAAGACUGCUGCGUGAACAAGAAGCAGAAGCAGGGAAACAAGUGGUUCAUUUAGAGAGGCCAUUUCAGCCUUCUGGGGAGUGUGUGACAUUGGGGUUUGCUAUAGAGAACAAAAAGCAUCAAGAACAGACUGCUUCCCCAGAGGUAGAUAAACAGUAUGAAAACUCCAGUAGCAUUGCCCUUAAUCCAGACCAGGCGAAUCAAGAAGUUGAAACUACUGGAAGAGACAUUUCAGCUGCUCUGACCACAUGAAAUGCCAGUGAUUGUUCUUUAUAGCUAAUAGGGUAUUCAGUGAAGUAAACUUCCUCUUGUAGAUUAUGCCAUGACCUCUGAUAAAUGCCUCUUUAAAAACAGAAUUAAUUUUUGAAUCCAUAAUGGGUUUUAGUAUAACAUAUUUGUCCAUUCUAAAAUCUCAGAUUAUGAUAGUUUUUUAUACAUAAUUCACCUUGAUUUUGGUCCACUUCCUUCACUGUACCCAUAUUACUGGUAAAUACAAGUAAUUUAAAAGGAUGAAAGAAAAACUACAUGGUUAAUAGUGUUAUUUGACCAGGUAAAUACGGAAAGGUAAAGUGAAAAAUGAUAGUACCUAGUUGAACUCACUUAACUUCUUCUGGGAGAAAUGUUGAGAAGGAGAGUCCUAUUUUAUGUCGUCAGUAAAGAGACAGAAAUUAACAUGUGAAAAGAGAGAAUGAGAAACAGCCAACAAAAGUAAUAGGUUAUCUCUUUGGCUCUUACAGGAGUUAUAAAACACAGUUUAGAAACUGAACUUUACAAAAAGAACCAGACAGCUUAAGCUAGCAUCACUUCUGUUUUCAAUUUGCCUUUUAAAUGAGUUUUGGCUCAUUGAUAUGCUUGCAUACACACACACAGACAUAUGUAUAAAUAUACCAUUAUUUACAUAUAUAUAUAUAAUAUUACUAUUAAUAUAUUGUCUCUUUUUUAAGAGUCAGUAUAUUGAUUAAAUUUAGGCAGUGAAAACACUUCCACAGUGAGGUUGAAAAUAAUAUAGAAAAAUCUUAUUGCUACUGUUGAUUAUCUUAAAAAGUUGACAUUUUCUUUCUAAAGUGUUAUGUAAAUAUGUGUUCUAUAUGUUGGUUAUAAAUUAUCCUGUCAUGGAACAUUUAAAUUGUUAAAAUGAUGGUUUUCUUAUUACUUCAUAGUUUGUUAGUUACCAUCACUAAUACUUGACCACUACAUUGUGCUAUAUGUGAAUGUGUAAAUAAAUAUUGUAGGUUGUCACAAAAAUCUAUGAAUAUCACAUGGAACUAUUAUAAAAGAAUUUAAGGACAAAUUUAAUACUGUGUCCAUAAUAAUUUCUGAAAAAGUUGGGGAUAUCCUAUUUUUAGAUGAGUUUGUUUGAGGGUAUUGUCUUCUAGUAAUGUAGAUGAGCUUUGUAUUUUUAUAUUAUGUAACUUGAAUUCAUAGCUUUCCAUUACUGACUUCUUUAAACAGAGGCAUUUAUAUAGAGCUGUGUUUUUUUAUUUAUGAAUUAAUACAUGAAAACUGAAUGUUUCAUUGUCCAGUACACUCUUAUUUUUCUAAGGAAUAAAUGAGUCUGAUGC